CCCUGUUUAAUGUUCGGUAAAAAACAAGGAUGUAAUACUUGGGAGUAAUAACCGGGCGGGAUAACGUUUCUGAACACAGCCCCAAAUUAAUGAGAGAGGUUCUAAGAAUCAAUCUAAAAAAUCGAAAAUCGAAGAUAAAAGAAUCGAUUUUCUAAAAAAAUCAAUCUUGGAUCGAAGAUCGAACAUCCUUAUUUUGACUAUUUCAAUAUGAUUCAUAAAGGACUACGUCCGUUAGUAUUCUGUGGUCCAUCGGGCUCUGGAAAAAGUACUCUGAUAAAGCAAUUGUUCGAUGAAUUUCCCGAUACGUUCAAAUUUUCGGUGUCUCAUACAACUAGAAUGCCACGGCCUGGUGAAGAAGAUGGGGUUCACUAUCAUUUCACAAACAAAGAAAGAAUGCAAGAACAAAUAGAAAAUGGGGAGUUUAUUGAAACUGCUAUAUUUAGCGGGAAUUUAUAUGGAACGAGCAAACGAGCAGUUGAAGAUGUACAAAGUUUAGGAAAGAUAUGCGUGUUAGAUAUUGAUGUACAAGGUGUAAAACAAAUAAAACGCAUCGAUCUAAAUCCCUUUUACAUAUUUGUAAAACCACCAUCUAUUAUGGAAUUGGAGCAACGAUUAAAGGAUAGAAACACAGAAACUGAAGAAUCUUUGAAACGUAGAUUAUUAGUUGCCAAAUCUGAAUUAGAAUAUGGUGAGACACCUGGUAACUUUGACAUUGUCAUAGAAAAUGAUAAUUUGGAAGAAGCAUAUCAGAUUUUACGCAAUUUUGUGAUGUCCAAUUAUAAUCCACAUUGUCAUACAGAUGAGACAACAAGCUAGUUGAGAAUUGAAAUCUAAUGGAUCCUUGGAUGUGAUUCAUAUUUGGACACGAAUAACGAAUUGUUUCCGAUGACAUUUUCAUAAAUUACUAUUUCGGACAUAUCUGAUAAGCAUGUAAUUAAAAGAUAUGCACACAUACACACACACACACACACACACACACACACACACACACACAAUUUUACAAGUUGAAAUUGAAGCUAAUAUAACAUCUUUUCAUUGUCACAUAUUGAGGAACAGACUUUCAAAAUGCGUUUUGUCCAAAAUUUCAUUUUUUUAGUUAGAG